AUGAAUAUAGUAGUUAUACAAUUCCUACUGACUUUCAUAUUACUGAAUGCUGAUUCUUUAAAUAUUUCAGUUAAAGGAUAUGAAAAUGAUGUUGAAACAUGUACCAAUACAAUUUUAGAAUCGUCUUUUAACCAGGAAGACAUUAUUAUUCUUGUAAAUACAAAUAUCCCAACUAAAUAUCCUGUGAUACGUUACAGUACAAUUUUUGAAAUAAAAAAAAUAAUCACCAGAAAACAACCUGAUUUAUACAUAAUAUCAGGACAUACAUCUCAAGCACUAGAAGUCCUAUAUUCUUCAGCAUUACUGAUUUCACAAAAGAAGUUUGUUAUAUUUGUAGACGAAAUUAAUAACAAUUUUUUAGAAGUUCUAGAUAAAUACUUUAUUUAUAAUGUCCUUAUUGUCACAAUAAAUAAUUAUUCAAUAUUCAGUUUAAGGUAUUCACCAUCCGGAAAAUUAUACAGCGUACUACUAGGUUCUUGUUCCACAAUAAUAUUUGAAAAAAUAUUAUUUCACGGCUGUAUCAGACCUUUUAAUAAUCUUAAAGUUGCAUACGGUAUUGCAGCUCCCUACGUAAUCAGUAGUUCUCAAGGAAUCCAUAUUGAAUUGGUAAAUAUGGUGGCAGCAUAUUUAAAAUUGAAGCUAGAAUAUCAAAGAGUGAAACCUCCUACGACUGUUUUAAAAGUUGCAAACGAAUUUAAAACGCGAUAUUAUGAUAUGUACAUAUCGAAAAUAAGCAAUAGGAUGGUUGAGUAUCUUGAAACUCAGAAGACUUUUGGCUUACUACAAGACAAAUUAGUUUUUGUAACUCCACAUCUGGUAAGAAACAACAUAUGGGUGAUUUUUACCAAUGAGUAUAGCCACAUUGUAUGGUGGUAUUUAUGUGGACUAUUUGUGCUUUUAUAUGCUUUGUUUUAUUUUAUAUCGUAUUUAUUUGAUGAUAAAAAUAUUGGAUCUAUAAUGUACAUCCUUCUGAGUGUGCUUUUUGAAGGCAGUGCAACAAUACGUACAAAAAUAAUAUCCUUUAAGGUUUUAUUUUUAAAUUACCUCAUCUUUGCUUUGAUCAUCACCACUGUCUACAGAAGCAAAAUGUUCGAUUUAAUGAGAACUGAUAAUAAUUUUCAACUUAUAAGUUGUAGAGUGGAUGUUUUAAAAUCUUCAUUAAAGAUUGCUUUACCAGAUCCGAUACUCAUUGAAAUAUAUAAAGUUUCUACUGAUCCAAUUGAAUUAGGUCUAUCAAAAGCAGAUUUCGGGUUGUGUUCACAGGAUUACUUUGAAUGUAUUAACAAAACUGCUUUUGAUAAAAAUGUAAUUACACUUAGCUUUUUUCAACAGUUGCAGUAUUACGUUCCAAUUUAUUACCUUAAUAAAGAUGGUAAAUCGAUGCUGAAUAUUUUAGAACACGAUUAUCACGAUUUAAUAUAUUUGGUUAUAGUUUUCCGAUUGGGACAUCCUAUAUUUACAGUUUUUAACAAGAAAUUAAUACAAUUAUAUGAGGCCGGCUAUGUGAAAUACAUUUCUGGUAAAUUUGAAAGAAAAUAUAAGAAAGCAAUGUACCUUGCUAAGGUGAAAAGGUCGUGGCAACCGUUGACUUUUAAAGUUUUUCAAACUACUUUUAUUAUGUACUUUUGCUGUGUAACAUUUUGUUUUGUUGUAUUGUGUAUAGAAUUUAUUGUAUCACUUGUAUUUUAG